AAAUCCGUUUUUAUAUGUAUCUAUCGAAUAUAUAUCAAAUAUACCAAGUAUUCGUACGAAAUAACCCCACCCGUCUAAAAUGACAUUUGCAGAGUACAACGUGUAAGUAAUUUGUCAUUUAGAACUGAAGAAUAUAUUAUUAAACUAAGAUCAGAUAAUAAAUCAUCACAAUUAAUGUUAUCUUAAUAAAUACUCAACAAUAAAAAAAAACGUCCGUUCGAAACGAACAACAAAGCACUUUAAAUUUCAAAACCACAAAGGCACAUAAUCUCGAACUCGUAUUUGGACGGUGGGACGUCGUACAGUGUAGCGCAGGGCGUAAAGAACUUCGAGCCUGGAGUUCGCUUUUUGAAUCAUUCGUCUCGCGUUGAGCGCUCGUUUCUACUGAUUUUUGUUCGAAAUACCAAAUACACCAUUUCUAAUUGGACUCGCUUAACUGCAACACGUGAUAUGAACCACUCGUUGUUUAACGAACUGAAUCCAUCUAAAUUUAAAGACUAAAUUUCUGGUGAUAGGUACCAAGGCACAUAUGACCUACUGGAAUGACUCAGAACUGGGUUUAAAAAUAGGAAAUGUAAAUAUAAAAAGAGUAACUUAAAGUAAGAUUCAAAUAAAAUAAAAUAAAUUUGAAUGUUAAAAAAUAUAAGAAACACGAAACGAUGUCAUAUUUAUUAAUUUUCGAUACUCAAUUUACUUUUAUUACGUCAGAAACAAAAUAUCAUACACAAGAUCCAAACAUCGCUAAUGACAUCUAGUUUGAUUCCAAAAACUAAUUUUUAUUUUUUAAAUACUUCCUCAUUGCCAUAUGAAAAUAUGGAAGAAUUUGUUUUGACGUUUAUUGUAGCAAGUUUAUUUUCUUUCUCACUUUCUCUAUGAAUUUAUUCAAUAAAGAAAAAACGUGCGACCGUAGUGCUUAAAUGAAUUCUUUUUCCAUGUGAGUGUGACGCUUGCGACACCGUGCGUGCCGUGGUCCACCGUGCAACUUAAAACGCGUGAGCUCGGCCUCGAGUGCGUCGAGUUUGUACCCACGUUGCCUAAGAAUUCCUUAUCUAUUUAUUUGAUAAAGUUCAUCUCAUAAUUCUUACCGCACCGCACACAUUGAGUGACCAUUAAGGCACGAGAGGUCGUCUCGUUUUGCGGCUUAGUGCUGAUGAAAUCAAAAGCAACGCUCGAGGAAGUAGUGAAUAAAGUUUUACCCCUAACAACCAGAAUGCCGAACAUCAAGGUUUUCAGUGGAAGCUCUCAUCCAGACUUGGCGCAAAAAAUCGUCGAUCGCCUCGGCAUCGAUCUGGGAAAAGUAGUUACAAAAAAAUUCAGCAACAUGGAAACGUGUGUCGAAAUCGGAGAGUCCGUUCGUGGUGAAGAUGUUUACAUUGUUCAAAGUGGCAGCGGCGAGAUCAACGACAACCUAAUGGAGCUUCUUAUAAUGAUUAACGCGUGCAAGAUUGCGUCGGCAUCGCGUGUUACCGCUGUUAUUCCUUGCUUUCCUUAUGCUAGACAAGACAAAAAAGAUAAAAGCAGAGCUCCAAUUACCGCCAAAUUGGUUGCUAAUAUUCUUUCGGUCUCUGGUGCUGAUCAUAUAAUCACAAUGGAUCUUCAUGCAUCCCAAAUCCAAGGAUUUUUUGACAUACCUGUAGAUAACCUCUUUGCUGAACCUGCUGUCUUGAAGUGGAUAAAAGAAAACAUUCCUGACUGGAAAACCAGUAUUGUUGUUUCUCCUGAUGCUGGUGGUGCUAAAAGAGUAACCUCUAUAGCAGACAGAUUGAAUGUUGAGUUUGCUUUGAUCCACAAAGAGAGAAAAAAGGCUAAUGAAGUUGCAUCUAUGGUGUUAGUAGGUGAUGUCAAAGAUCGUACUGCUAUCCUGGUGGAUGAUAUGGCUGACACCUGUGGUACUAUUUGUCAUGCUGCAGAAAAACUGAUUGAGGCUGGUGCUAUCAAAGUAUAUGCAAUCCUCACUCAUGGUAUUUUCUCUGGACCAGCUAUUUCUAGAAUUAACAAUGCUUGUUUAGAAGCUGUUGUUGUCACAAACACAAUACCACAAGAAAGGCACAUGCAGGAAUGUCCUAAAAUUCAGUGUAUUGAUGUUUCUAUGAUGUUAGCAGAAGCUGUAAGGCGCACACACAAUGGAGAGUCAGUGUCGUAUUUAUUCUCCAACGUUCCAUACUAGAUGAAUUAAAGCUUUUAUAAUUUUACAUUACCGUGAGGUCUCCAACAUUGGUUUAAAUACCGCUUGUAGACAAUACAAACAUUAUGAUUUGGAGUUUGUCUGGUUUCUAUGUAAACUAACAGUUAGAUUAGAUAACAGAAAUUUGGUGAUAUUUUACAAUAAAACUAAUAUUUUCAUUUAAAUGAAAUAUUUACAACAGGAAAGUUGGAAACCUACUAAUUUAGUUUUAGCUUUAAACUUUUGUUUUCAUAAAUUUAAAGAUAAAUAGAUAUAAUUUUUUUCUUCAUCCUGAAUAAUCUCAUUUGAAUUAGGUUUUUCUUAAAAUUGUUAUAUUUUAACAUAUUAGUUCUCAAUCCAUAAUAAAAAAUGAAGUUUCUAUGUUGUCGGUCCAAAAUUCAUAAUUGGACACCCAAUAUGAAUAACAAUGUAAUUAGAUGUGACAUUGCUUCAGACAGCAUUUUAUUUAUGUAUUUAUUUCCACAUCCUAUGUAUAAUAUUAUAUAUAACUAUACAUAGAGUAAAUUAUCAUUUAAUGAACUUUACAGUAUAACCCAACAAAAAUUUUUAAACUGAUAACGUUAUUUAUGAAGUCAAAUAUUUGUAUGUAAUUAUAAAUAACUUGACAUUAUAAAUAAUGAAUUUUUUUAAUCUUUAAUUGCUGAAUUACUGAAUAAUAUAAUUACAAUAUU